AUGCUUGAAAUGUCAUACAGCAUACAAGGGCAUGCGAAAAUCUGCGUUGGAAUCCAUGGGCGAUUUUGCAAAUAUAGGAAACCAUCGGGGCUUUGUGUCAUUAUCAGAAAUACACAAUUGGUGCUUCUCCCAGCCACACGGGCUCAAAUCUUCCGAAUCCAACAAACAAUACCGAACAUGGCUCUACAAAUCCACUUCUUCUCCUCCUUCACCAACAGAACAUGUCAUCUUCAUCACACGCAUCUUUUCUUCUCUCCCUCGCAAUCCUCCUUCAGUGUCCGAUCCCAAAAGCCCUCUGAAUCCUCAAAUCCCACAACCAAUUUCGACGAUUCUGACUCAGUUUCGACUACUCCUCAGAAAUCUAGCUCACCUGGGGUUGGAUUCGUGUCGUCGUUAUCGUCGAAUUUGAGUAAGAACAAUGCGAGUGUGUCGACUAGUAAAAAGAAGCAGAAGGGUAAAACAGAGAGGGCUUCCAUAAUUCGGCGUUCCCCUGUUGAGAAACCAGCUUUUGUUUCGGAAAUAGAUGAGGCCAAAGCGAAAGAGCUGCGCAAGAAUGAAAGCGCUUUUCUUCUUGCGUGGUUGGGUUUCGGCGCUGUCAUUCUUGUCGAGGGCCUUUUUAUUGCGGCAUCAGGCUUCCUACCUGAAGAGUUGGACAAAUUUUGUGUGAACUAUCUUUACCCUUCUUUUACCCCAACAGUCUUCGUGUUUGUUGCUGGAACAGUUGUAUAUGGAGUGUAUAAAUACCUGCAGAAUGAGAAUAUCAAAGGUCAGGAAUAGUGUGACAAGUAUAAAAUUAGAAACUUAAAAGCCCAACUAGGUAGAGUAACUGCAAUUACAUUCCUUGAGUUGUAGUUUGUGUCUAUGCCCUUUCUUAUCGAUAUAAAAUAUGUCAAAGAUAAAAGAUGAUUUUGGGUGCUUAGCUAUUCAAUGAGAAUCACUUUUUAGUGGAUCCCAUCAUGCAUGAUUUGAGAAUUUUGGGAGGGUUUCCCCCCUAUAUUGUAUCUAAUUAAUGAUACUCACAUUUUAUUGCUUCUUGUUGCUAAUUGAAUAUUCCUGGGGAUGUUGUUUGCCAAAAACCCUAAAACAGGCUUGCUUCCCCACCUCUUUCCUUUACUUAUUGUGGUUCCUCAUUAAACUGUCAAAAUAUUGGUCUUUUGUAGAA